AAGAAAGGAGGAGGUGGGGAGGGAGUAAAUGUGCAGCCUCUCCCUUUUCUCCCUCUCCUCUCUUUCCCCUCAGUGUCUCCCUACUCUCGUCGUUUCGUUCAUCAGAUUUCCGUGGAGCCGAAAGAACAGGGGAGCAAAAAAAAGAGAGAAGAAAGAAGAGGAGAAAGAGGAUGGUGUUUGUAAAAGUAAACCUGAGCAAUUAAGUGGUGCACUGGAAAGAAGAGGAAAAUCAAUUGGAGGCAAAGGAGGCAGGACCGUGGAAGAGGAAAGAAGAGGGAGGAGGAAGAGGAGAAAUUUUUGGGAAAGCAAAAGGAGUGCUUGAGUAGGAAAGACAAGAGAGGCAAGAGACGAGUAGACAGAGGCGUGAAACUUAUCAGCGUUCUUUGAAUAAAUAGUUGGAAGUGUGGGAAGAAGAAAAAAAAAUCAAAAGAGAGCGAGGCAAGACCACAUCUGCAGCUGCCAGGUGAAGCCUGAUUUGUUUCCAGGAUGGACAAAGUGGAGCGCGUGAUGAAGAUGGUGAAGAGGAUGUCACCGAGGAAGAAGAGGAGAGAGGGAGGAGGAGGGCGAGGAGGAGGAGGACCGGGAGAGCUGGAGAGCCCGGACACCCUGUGUGAUGAACUCUGUCGUUUCAGCCUCUGCAUCAGCGAUGAUGGACCCUAUGGAAAAACUAAGGACAUCUCUGGACCAGAACACACCAUGGCCUCGAGAAGACACAGUAUACCAGAAGCUCUGCGGGGGGUGACCAUGGUGGAGCUGGUGAAGAAAGAAGGCAGCACGCUUGGACUCACCAUCUCAGGAGGAACCGACAAGGACGGGAAGCCGCGGGUGUCGAACCUACGACCCGGAGGACUGGCAGCCAGGAGCGACCAGCUAAAUGUCGGGGACUACAUCAAGUCGGUGAACGGCAUCAAUCUGACCAAACUGCGGCACGAAGAGAUCAUUAGUUUACUGAAGAAUGUAGGAGAGAGAGUUCUGCUGGAGGUGGAGUAUGAACUGCCGCCUACAGCACCAGACAGCAGCUCAGGGGUUAUAUCAAAGACAAUCGACAUCUGUUUGCACAAAGAGGGGAACAGCUUUGGUUUCGUCAUGAGAGCAGGUGGAACCCAUGAGGACUGGCACAAGUCACGGCCCUUAGUGGUGACGUACGUCAGGCCAGGAGGCCCUGCAGACAGAGAGGGCACGCUGCGUCCCGGCGAUCGUCUCCUCAGUGUGGACGGCGUUCCUCUGCACAACGCCAACCACAGCGACGCCCUCAGUGUGCUGGCUCAGUGCGGACAGGAAGCUUUGUUCCAGAUAGAGUAUGACGUCACCAUCAUGGACACAGUGACGAAUGCCUCGGGUCCGUUGUUAGUGGAAAUUGCCAAAUCACCGGGAGCGACGCUGGGCAUCACGCUGACAUCGGCCAGCCAUCGAAACAAACAGGUCAUUGUCAUCGACCGGGUUAAACCUGGCAGCGUGGUGGACAGAUGUGGAGCGUUGCAUGGUGGGGAUCACCUGCUGUCCAUAGAUGGGACGUCGACAGAACACUGCACAGUCCUGGAGGCGACACAGCUACUAGCAAGCACAACAGAACUAGUCAAAUUAGAAAUACUCCCCUCACAUCAAACAAGGCUAACUGGGAAACAGCAUGACACAGUGAAGGUUCAGAAGUCGGACCAUCCCCACUCCUGGGACCCCUGUGUGAACUACUGUCACCCCCAAAACUCCACCCUCUGCAACGCAAGCUCCACCCUCAACAAAUCGUGGACCGCCUCCAACAACAACACUAUCAACAGUCUCGACUACUGCAAGUCUCUGGUAUCUGCCAGUUUCUCUCCGGGUUCUACGACCACGUCGGGCCCCAGCAGCCAGAGCUCCAGCACCCUGCCCAGGACUACAGUUCCCAUGAGUCCUCGUAACUCGCUGCUCAAACGGCGACAAAGGAAGAAAGAGCACAAGAGCUCAUUGUCCCUGGCGUCCAGUUCGGUGGGUCCGGGCGGUCAGGUGGUUCAUGUGGAGACCAGUGAGGUUGUCUUAACCGGUGACCCACUCAACGGCUUCGGUGUGCAGCUGCAAGGCGGGAUAUUUGCCACCGAAACACUGUCUGCACCGCCACUUAUCCGAUUCAUAGAGCCUGACAGCUCUGCAGAGAGGUGUGGCCUGCUGCAGGUUGGAGACCGUCUCCUGUCCAUCAACGGGAUCCCCACAGAAGACGGAACACUUGAGGAAGCCAAUCAGCUUCUCCGAGACGCCGCGCUGACCAACAAAGUCACACUAGAAAUAGAAUUUGAUGUAGCAGAGUCGGUGGUGCCUAGCAGUGGUACUUUCCAUGUCAAACUGCCGAAGAAGAGAGGAGUGGAGCUGGGGCUCACCAUCAGUGCCAGUAAGAAGUCGGGGGAGCCCCUUAUCAUUUCUGACAUCAAGAAGGGCAGCAUGGCUCACAGAACAGGAACACUGGAGCCCGGUGAUAAGCUGCUGGCCAUCGACAACAUCAGACUGGAGAAUUGUUCCAGAGAUGAUGCAGAGCAGAUCCUCCAGCAGUGUGAGGAACUGGUGAAGCUAAAGAUACGCAAAGACGAAGACAACUCAGAUGAGCAGGAGACGUCAGGCAGCAUUAUCUACACAGUGGAACUGAAGCGGUAUGGAGGCCCUCUGGGUAUCACCAUCUCAGGCACCGAGGAGCCUUUUGACCCCAUCACUAUAUCAGGCCUAACCAAGAGAGGCCUUGCUGAGAGGACAGGGGCUAUACAUGUUGGCGACCGGAUCUUGGCUAUCAACAGCGUCAGUCUUAAAGGCAAACCGCUGAGUGAAGCCAUCCACCUGCUGCAGAUGGCCGGAGAGACCGUCACCCUCAAGAUAAAGAAACAGCUUGACAACUUAGAAGGGAAGGCAGCCGAGGUAGAGGACACGACAGAGAAUGAGGUCAGUGACCCUGAAGAGGAUGAUCUGACCGACAGCCAACAGACCAAUAAGCUAUCGGAGCUUUACUCCACAACCAUACCCAGCGUUGACUCCGCCAUGGAGUCAUGGGAUGGCUCAGGGCUGGAUGCAGGCUAUGGCAGCCAAGGUACAUACAGCCAUCAGGCAGCUGGCAUCGCCCUUCACCCACAUGAGUGGCGUAGUGCCAAGCAGCAGCGCAGCACCACACCUCCACCUGGACGCCGGAAGAACUAUCCUUUCAGUGACGGAGGCUUCAGUGAAGACGACUGGGAUAAACCUCCAGGAUUUAUUGGCCAACAACCAGACGGUAUUCUGUUGGAUCCGGACGACAGUUUCUGGUGUCAGGCUCUGGAGGACCUGGAGACCUGUGGCCAGUCAGAACUACUCAGAGAGAUAGAGGCGUCCAUCAUGACAGGCACAGCCAUCAGCCUGGGUGUAGAUGGUGUCAACAAGCCUCCAGCUGAGCCCAUACUGAGCCACAGCAGGAUGAGCCCGUUGCGGAGAAAUUCUCUCCUCCACCAGGGGAACCUGCUCCAUCAGGGUGCACACCUCCACCAGGGGGCCCAUCUGCACGAGGAAGCCCACCUGCAUGAAGGCGCCCAUCUACACCAAGAUCCCCACAUGCAUGAUGAGGCCCAUUUCAACCAGGAAGCACACCUGCACCAGGGAGGCCACAUCCACCAAGACAACCAGUCCCCUCUGCUUCACCACGAGCCCAAGCCCAAGGCCUCGUUGAGAGUAUCAGAGAGAACGUGGGAGUCACGUCGGAUCAAAGAGGAGAUGCAGGGUAUCCUAUCUCCAACACCUCUGGAGCUGCACAAGGUAACAGUGAUAAAGGACCCAGAGAGUGACGACUUUGGCUUCAGCGUGUCAGACGGCUUCUUGGAGAAAGGUGUUUACGUCAACAUGAUCAGACCAGAUGGGCCAGCUGACCGAGCCGGGCUCAAACCCUAUGACAGGAUCCUGCAGGUGAACCACGUGAGGACGAGGGACUUUGACUGCUGCCUGGCAGUGCCUCUCAUCACGGAGGCUGGAGACAGACUGGAGCUGGUCAUCAGCCGCAACCCGCUGGCCAACGACGAUCCAGAGGACAAUAACAACACUUUAGACCACCCACUAGACCUGUAACACACACACAAAACAUGCACACACAUGCAUGUCAGGCAGAAUACAUACUAUACUAUACUGAAACUGGCCCAAUACACACAACACAGUUCUCUGACUGGCAAUAAUUCUACUUAAACACAAAGACUCCUACUGGAACACACAUCCAAGCAUUGCAUGCUCGCACAGUCACCCCAUCCCCAUUCAUGCUGGGCUGUCAUACAAUAUAUUCUCUAUGGAAACACUACCACAGUACAGAAAAAAAACACCAGGGGCUAUCCUGACUCUUGGCUUGGUGUCCUUACAGUGUUGUUCCAGCAUCAAGAAGCACUUACUUGGCACUUUAAAGAGCCAUUUUUACUGAUUUUGACUACAUAUUUUUCCUUAAAACAAAUGGAUAAAACCUGCAGGCCAUAGAUGGGCAUAAAUCUACUGUGGUCUUGGUACCAGAGGGAUCUGCCUUAUUAUCCAAUAUUGUCGGUCGUUUUAGGAAAUUGCAUGAUUAGAGGAAAAAAGGCCCUUGUCCUGUUUGCAGAUUUCAUUUGUUUUAUGGAAGACUAGUAAGGCUCAACAGCAGAUUGAAUUAACAGUUUAUAAAGGAGUUGUGUCUGACGAUGGUCUGUACAGAUGUAGCUACUUGUAGAAGUCCACAGUGCUGCUAAAAAUCUACUCAGAUACUGCUGCUUUCUUGCAACUGCAGUCAAAUUGAGCCCUUUUUUUUACAGCUGUUGUAUGAAGGCAGACUUCUAUAUUGGACACAAAUGCUCAUUAUUAUGUCACCACAGUGACAGAGAUCUAAUUUGGUCCCAUCAAUACAAGAUAAUGAUGUCAUCACAACUGCCAAACAGUUUUCUUUUGUUUUAUACAGUCAUCAGACAAUAGAAAGAUGAGGAGAGGGCUUGAUUUAGACUCAUAAUGAAAGAUGGAAGCUUAAGGCGACUUUUGCUUCGACACAGAUGGGCAGCUGUGCAUGCGAAAGAGAAAGAAAACAUUGUUGCCAACAGAAGAACAUUAACCUCUAACACAGAUUUUUGACCCUUUUCUAUGUUUUCUUUUUUGCCAGAUGCUGAAACUUUGCCCAGUCUGUCACUACAGUUGUUUGAGAGCACUGGGUUCAUUUUAUCUUAUCUCAAACUCACUGCUGGCCUACAAGGUCGAAUAGCAGUAGCUACUAUGUAUGCCUUUUAAAUAGAGGUUAUGAUUUGAUUGGAGGUUCAGGCGGUACAAUCAGAAACAAAACUUAAGUAUGGCAUUAACGGUACUCUGUGUUGCACUUAAAAGAUAAUAGUUUAGUUGUCAUACAAACUCAAGGCCCCCUGUGUGUUGUCAGCAGCCUCAAAACUGUAUUUUACACUGUGAGCCACUUGGGGAUGAUUGCUUAAAUGGGAAUAAUAAUAAUAAUUAACCGCAUUUUUCAACAACAAACAGAGCUAAAGCUUGUAAGUCCCCAAUUAAAGCAGAUGGUUGAAAGACGGAUAGAUGGGAACAUGUUUACUCAACAUGGCUAAACUUUACAGUAAAUGUGUAAAAUUGGUCCCGUUAGUGUUUCCCACAAACAGCCAUCAAAAUUGGCUUGGGCAGGCAAUAACACCAGUGCUGAGUCAUCAAAACUAGAGCCACUGAUAGCAGGAAAGAGUAAGACUUUACUUUAGAAUGGCAAAUUCCAUUUCUGAGGGUUCCCAUUUUGAUUUCAGAUUACACCACUUCCUAGUCUUCCUCAUGCGCCAUCUCUGAGAUUCAGCAAACAAGUGUGAGCAACAAGCAAACUAGUAAGCGAGCAACAUCCUCUUUGUUGUUGGAAGCAACAGGUCUCAUCAAUAACUUAUGACUACGAAAACCUACAUACAGCAUCUCCAAAUGCUGUGUACGGAUCACUACUGCUGCUGGUUUUGAAGGGAAACUUGGUCUUUUGCUGCACAGAGAAUAUGAACAAAUUUAGUGGCAUCAUCUGCAAACAGUUUGAAUUCACCAGACUAUGGACAAGUCUCUCACACACACACACACUCUUACAGAACAGGGCUAGCCUGCACAGAUUAAAGAAUGAAAACAUGCAGUUUGUGCACGUGUGUCAUUACACGUUUGUCUUAAAGUUUGUUGGGUUGUGAUUCAUUUUGUGCAGUCGCUUUAGGGAGCAAUUACAGAAAUGUUGGAAGGUUCUUCUAUUUCCCUAAAUGUUUCCCUGUUUUGUACUCCCAUUACUAAUUUCUUUUAGGAUAUCCUCAUUAGGUUUGAGGUUCAUGUUACAACCACCACUGGCAAAUUAUUUCAACUUUCUGAGAAAUCAAGUUUCACAGCUCUGAAUACUGAAAACAUUCAAUGUGGAUGCAAUAUUGUUGUCAUUCAGCCACAAAUCAUCUUAUACACUUAUAAGAAAUGAAAUCCCAGCAUCAAGUAUCAUGUUAUUAAGGGUAAUGAUUAGACUUAUUUGCUGUCCAGCAGUCAUCCCAGAUGACAAAUGUGACUGUGUUUCAAUCAGGAGUAGGAGUAGAGUCUGAACAUGUCCAUACAGAGGUUUUUGAGCCCUCUACACUAGUUUACCUGGUUUCUACAGGCUUGCUACAUUACAAUUCCCAACUAACAUAAGUAGUGUUGCUCAUUGAAACACCAGAAUCAGUUAUGCAGACGGCAAGUGCUGCAUAUUAAAAAAUUGGACAGAAAAAGUAUAUUGAGCAUUAAAAGAUAAGCAUUUAAUUCCUACUGCUUUGUAUCAGGUGACAUUACAAUGUAACAUUUGUUUACUAGUCAUGUGCAACAAUUAGGGGCCAAAUCCAUCAAUUAAUUGGCCAAUGCCACUUACUUAAAAUGGCAUUAAAUCAGCUUGAUAAAAUCACUUGGUUGUUCUAUCACCACUCAGUAUUGCAGAACCUACGGGCUUCAGCAGUUCUUGCGAUGAUAAAUGGUGCAAAUCAGAGCUCUAGCAAAUUCGGAUUUGCAGAAUUCAUCCAGAAAUGACAGAAUUCAAAAUGAAUGCAUUGAUUUAAGUUUUCACAAUGCUGCAAUCUUAAAACCGCCAUUAGAUACCCAUAUUUUAAACACUGAUUAGAUUUUUUAUGCUAAAACUAACUUUGGGAGUUGUAGUUGAGUUUCACCAUCAGCUAUUUUAGUCAAAGUACCAAUUAUUUUCCAACGCCAUUAAUCUUCUGCAUGGAUGAUUCACUUGGGAUAUUUUCAUGGCCAUUAAUGUCAAUGGAGACAUGGCAAAGCACCUCAAAUAGCUCCUAUCAACUUCCCAGCUAUGGCAUGUGGUAUUGUAGUAACACAGACUUGAAGAAACCUGUCAUUUAGUGACUUUCCUUAACACUCCCACAACUCCUCGCCACCUGUUUUAGUUUGGUAACAGCAGACAUUCCUUCCACUUCUUUCACCUCCUGUUUUUCACGAUUUUCUCCAAUUCCUGCCAAAACUGUCUUUGCUCCAAUUAUCUGUGGAUUAACUGAAAUGAGACUGGCUGUCGCUCCCCUCCUACUGCACUUGGCUAAGUGUGUGUGCGACAAAGGAAAAACUGGUCAGAUGGCAACAUUUUUUAUUUUCCCGUGUGCUUGUAUGUAGAGUACUGUGCAAAAGUAAGCACUCAUGUGCUGUUGAGUGGGGAUUCUUUCAGAAAUAAUGCCAUAAAGUUUGAAAAUACCUCCAUUCUAGUUGUAGCCAGAAGAAAAUCCAAAUCAAAUUAGUGCUUGGAGUUACCACUAGAAGAGCACUGAUUCUACGUAGAUAAUUGGACACAGUUUUUGAAGGUAUUUGGCAUGUAUUUAGUUCAAAGCAUCUUGGAAAACGUGUCACAGUUCGUCUGUAGAUUAAGGCUGUAAUCCUAAUCUGACUCCAUUUGCAAAACCUACACCAGCUAACAAACAAGGGCCCUUCACCACGCUUCCUCAGUUCAUUUAGACACUCAUCCUCACACUUCUUUCCAGUCCUUUGGCAGACAAACUGCUUUCUGUUAUAGGCAGAUAUUUCAAAUUUUGAUUCAUCAAUCCGGUGCACCUUCUGCUAUUGUCUUCUGCAGCCCACUUCUUGUGUUGUCAGGCGUCCGUGAUCACUUGGCAUUUUUGCAUAAGUCCACAUCUGACCAUUCUUGUCCAGACUGUAGAGGAGUGUACCACUAGUUUCUGCCAGGCCCGAGCAGAUGGCGCCGCUGGACGUCUUCCAGUUUUUACGGGAACUUAGCUUCAUGCGUCUUUGGUCUGCUCUCAAUUUCCUCAGCAGAUGACUGCGUUUCUGGCUGUCAACCUUGGCCACUUCGUUGUGCAGAAGUGUUGGAGAGCUCCAGACGGAUGUCUGCUGCAAGAUUUCUGCCUGUCAAAGAGUUCGCUGGUGCAGGACGACCACACUGUGCCUCGCCCUUUAUCCCCCUUCAACACUAUCGUUUCUUUUUUAGGUUAAUCGUUUUACAUCCUUGCUUUAAUACAAAGGUAGAAAACGACCGUCUAGGUGACAUGUUGUUCUUCUCAUAAACUUUUGCACUGUAGUGUAUGUAGAUGCAAUAAACAGUGGGUGUGUGUGGGAAGGACAAUACAUGCAACAUAAAACAUGUGAGAGAUACUUGUGUGAAAGAGAAGGGACAGAAUAGCCUUUGUCCUCCGAAGGAUUGGAAAAACUUUGACAAGAACAAUUGCAGCCUCUGUUCUCUGUCACUGUCUUGUGUGUCUCACUCUUUCCUCACAUUGUUACAUAAUACAGUUAGCAUCCAGAUGCCCCCUCUGAGAACACCCAUGUGUGUUUGCGAAUGAGAAAGCCAGCGUGUAUGCGACUGUGUAAGUUUUCCGUGUGUGUCGAGGUUUUAGUGUGUACUAUAUACAUGCACGUUUAAAUGUAUGUAUCUCUGGAUGUCAGUUUUCCCCUUCGGAGCAUUUACCGUAUGAGCUUUUCAGCAUGUGUGUGUGUGUGUGACAGAAACUGAACUAGCUGGUGUACAUUUCAUUGUACAGUACAGAUGUUUUUUUUAGGGCUGUGGGGCCAAGAAACUCUCCCUUCUGAAACCCGGACAAGACUGAAAACACAACAAACCCGACGCACAUAAAAAAAUAUAUAAAGGGACAUUUAAGCACUUACUACAAAAUAAGAAGCACACUGUUGAAUACCAUGCACUGUAAGUAUUUUCAUGUAUAGCAGAACAAACUGUCUGAGUGCUUUUUACGCAAUAUCAAGUGGCCAAAACAAAAAAAAAAGAAAAAAAAAGUUUUGUACAGCAUCAAAAAAUGAAAAUGCUGAGAAAAGCCUUCCAAAUUGUUCUGUUGAUUUUUAUGUAUGUAUGUGUGUAUGUGUGGUCACCCAUUCUCCCUAUGCAUUUCUGGAUCAAAGGUCAGUUUAAAGCCCAAUCCAGAAUCGUAACAGAAGUCCCAAUAAUAGCUAAAGAAAUAAAAAUUCAUCCCAGCUGUGCAAUGGAAUUAUUUGCACUGAUUGGGUCAACGUAAAAAUGACAAAGCAUUCAACUGUCAUGACAAUGUAGGAUUCAUAUUCCUGUUAUUGUCAUUCAUUUUGAAUACAAAGGAUUCACUUUCGUGGGAGAAAUGUUUGAAUGUCAGAAGAUUGAAGAUUUUAUGAUGUUUUUUUUUUUUUUUUAUAUUACACUGGCUGGUUGUCAUUACCCCCCUGAACCCAUUAAAAGAUGGCAUUACACUGGACAAGACAUUACAUAAUCUAACAUUUAUUACAUCAUCAGCUGCAGUAAGGCACUUUCACAUGGCUGCUAUUCCUGCCUGUGCCCGUUUAACGCACAAAAAUAUAUUGUGUUUUUAUGGUUCAUCUUGACAUAAAGGCUGAAAAAUAAACUAUCCAGCUUCUGACCUACAGGGUGCUGGUUAAAAUCCCAGCAUGCUGCAUUAAUCUUUCCUCUUAAUGGGAGCAGGACGUUACUGUGUGUUCCUACAAGAAGUUCCUGUCAAGGAUGGAGCACAUGUGGCUGUUCUGCUGCAUGAAUUGUUACUGUGUAAUGGAAACCAGUUAUUUAUUUAGUUUUCUAAUUUGGAAACGUGGAGAUAAUAAAGAUACCUACUGACUGUUUCUGUUAGCACUGCUUGAGGUCAGAGGAGGGGUUUUUUUUGAGCCUGCUGUGGCUAUGUUGGACAGUCUCAGCUGGUAGCUGAUAGCAAAAGCUAUUGUUAUAAAUGCUAUACACAGUAUCAGAAUUCAAAAAUGACUUCUAUAUUUGUGUGAUAAUGUUAAAUAUUUGUCAGAAAAACACAAUAGCUGCUCAUACCUUUCAGAAAACUAUCGCUACCGUUUAAAUAAGGUGAGCUAAUAUAGUUAGCUUAACUUGUAAUUUAGAUGCAGCUAACAAACUAUAGCAGGCUAGCUGCUAGCUACCUCCUCAGGAAGCUAAAAAUUUGCUAAUCAUAAAUAACAUUAGAGCCUGAAAACCAGAGUUUUGUAGCUUCACGUACCAUUUGGUAAGCUAACAAUUAGCAUAUAAUUAACUAGCCAGAGUGUUGAGCUAACAGAUAGCUUUCUCCACUCAAAAGUACUUAAUCAGUCAUAAUACCUGAUCAGCUAACAGUAGGCUAAUGCAAGAAAGUUAAUUGAACAUUUUUUGGAGUUAGCUAGCUAGCUGCUUUCAGCCUCGGUAACCACAGUUAACAUGGUAACCAUGAUACCUAUUCAGCUAACCAUUAGCUUGCGGCUUAAUUUAAUGAGGACGGCUAGCAUUAAUCAUUAGCUUGCUGCCUGGAUUACUACAUUUUGCAGUUACCUAUAUUAUCUGGUUUGCUAAGCAUCAGAAGACUACCUAUAUAUAAUUUAAUCCCAUUCAUUUAUUUAUUAUAGUUUGUGAAUAGCUAACCUAACCAUUUGCUAACUAGCCUCUUGCCAUUACUGUAAACAUGAACAAACUUCAUCUCUGGACUUCCAGCCAGCUGUAACUGUGACUGUACAUGUGGAAAGAAAUAUCUUCAUGCAUAUUUACAAACAAAAAAAAAACAAAAUUUAAUAACUUAUGUGUCUCCAAUCUUGGGUUCACAUUUCUAAUUUCUAAUGACAUGGACACCUUUUGCAUAAAGCCUGUCACAUUUGUAUUUUUUCUGUAUUUCUUUCAUUUCCAAAAGUGUUUACGUGUCAAACAUUACUGCGAUUCGGGAUUGGGCUCUUAAUAAUGUACACAUUGAUAUUGUGUAUUUUUUUCAAAUUGUGUAAAGUUCUAUUCUAUGUAAUAUAGUAUUUUUCUAUGACAAUAUUACUCUUCCGAAACAUGGGAAGAAAAUCCAAAAACAAAAAUUAUAAAAUGGAAAAUAAACUGUAUAACUUUGUUGUUGUUGUCAUUUUUGAUUUUUUUCCUUUUUGUUUUUCUUUUUUUUUCUUUUUCUAUGAAACAAGGUGUACUGCUAUACUUCUCUUUUCGAGAAGGGAAAAGAUUAAAAGCAAGAAAAAUAAAAUGUCUAAUUUUA